CCCGCGCCGCCCCGCCCCGCAGCUCGCCGUGCCGGAGCGCAGCCGAGCCGAUGGCCGCCGAGGAGCCGGCGAUGGCGGGAGAGGAGGCGGUAGCGACCGAGGGGGGCGGCCUGCUGCUGGAGAUCGUGAGCUCGCCGCUCAACCUGAGCCUGCUGGGCCUCUGCCUCUUCCUGCUGUACCAGAUCCUGCGGGGCGAGCGGCCCGCGGCGCAGCCGGGCGAUGCGGGUCCGCCGCCGCUGCCCAAGAUGAAGCGCCGCGACUUCACGCUGGAGCAGCUGCGGCCCUACGACGGCGUGCGCGACCCGCGCAUCCUCAUGGCCGUCAACGGGAAGGUGUUCGACGUGACCCGCGCCAGCAAGUUCUACGGGCCGGAUGGCCCAUAUGGGAUUUUUGCUGGGAGAGAUGCAUCCCGAGGUCUUGCCACUUUCUGCCUGGAUAAGGAGGCUCUGAGGGAUGACUACGACGAUCUCUCUGAUCUCAACGCUACACAGCAAGAGACCUUGAGGGACUGGGAGUCACAAUUCACUUUUAAGUAUCACCACGUUGGUAAGCUGCUGAAGGACGGGGAGGAACCCACUGUAUACUCUGAUGAAGAAGAAAAAGAUGCCCAAGAUGCAAAGAAAGAGUAGAAUGCAGUGAGGAACAGUCUAUUUUUGUAUCUUAAAGGACCAUUUGUAACAUUCCACUUCUGUUUUGCAAGUUGCAGCAGCAACAAUGCUUACAAAAGGUCCAGAGUUACAGUGAAUCAUGUUUCUCCUAGGCUUCCUCUUCAAAUUCAGCAGUAAACUAGUACAGGUCUAGUAUCUGUCUUCCUCUGAAAGUGCAUAAAAGGAAGUAUGCACAAAAAAUGUCUGUGCAAAAGUAAACUGCAACCUUGGCAAUAAAGGACUAUUACUGUUUUUAUUCUGUCACUAUUAAGGUUGAAAUCCAGACCUUUUCACUAACAACCUAGCACUGUAGACACAAGCACGAGAGUAAGUCACAUAUGUAACACAAAUUCCACUGAAUUUGGUUAGCGUUGGCUUCUGCAGGAUCUGGGCCUUGCAUUGCAGUCCCUUUAGAAAAGGGACUAUCUUUGUCCACGAAGCAUCAUACUCAUUUGUGGUGCGAUAUAAUUCAAUAUUAUGUCAAAUAAUUUGGCUUUUUAGGAGCUAAAUAGAGGCUUACAGAUGAAACAUUAACUGCUUUAAAAAAGCCAAGAGUUUUUGAGAAGUUAAGUCACUUUUAGAUACUUAGAAAUAAGUAAGGACUGAAGAAUACUUGAUGUAUUCAGUCACACAGCUGCAUGAAUACUCUGUUUACUGCUAAAGCACCUCUGAAGUGUUACUUAGAUACUGACUGUAACUGAACAUCCUUAAAAACUAGGUUCACCGUGAAGCCUUGACAGGACUAUUAUUUGUUCACUUCUCUUCUUAGAAAAACUCUUGAAAGAAUUUUAAUACAACGAAAUUAAACAAGGAAAAGCAGCUAGUGAUGAUUUCUAGGCCUAAAGGCUUGCUGGUGUGACGUGAUUAACAAGUGCUCUUGUACAAGCAGUUUUAACUAGCAGAAAAACGUUUAUGGUCAAGGUAGCUUACACAAGUUCCCUGUACAAAAUAAAUAACAUGGUGUGAGCCAUUUCUGUGUUGAGGCUUUUGUUGCUUUGGAAUGUUGCUGCUAAAAGAAACAGCAGAGUCUCAUCCACAACCAGCAAUAGACCUGACCACUGAAUUGCUUUUCUCAUGUGUGCUCUCUUAAUCUGCCUGUAAUCACUAGGUUUGUUCCACCCACAUAAUCCAGUCUCCUACCAAAGGGGGCUGGAUAUGUGGAUUUGACCAAGGAAAAAUGUGAAUGUGCUCCUUCAUCAUCCAAAAUACGUCUGCAAAACGUAUCAGAAAUUUCAAGGAGGUAACUAAUGAUUCGCUGAUCUCUUAUAAAUGUGCUGCUUGUCCAAGGUGGUUCUGCUUGGGUGCCGGGGGGCACAAUUCCCAUUAUUUACUUCUUCUAGUUCAGCUUUUCCGCUGGGUUGUUUCCAAUUGGCAACGUGACCAAAAUGGUGAGCAGAAUCCUGAGUGGGAAGGUGCAAACUAGGCAAAAUUGUUCAAAAGUGGAGUGCAUUGCACAGCAGGAGCUUUCGUAAACAAGUUGACGCUAGAUGUUAAAGUGCCUGAGACCAACUGCAGGGAGAACCAAUGACUUUGCAUCAGUUGUAACACUGCCGUGGGGCUUUUCCCUGUCACUUACACUGGGCCUUCAAAUGAGCAGUGCAGUUGUUUGAGCCAGAUUGCUUGUAUAGUGUUACUGUGUGAACUACCUAAUGAAGGUCUAGAGACAAAUAUACGUCUUGUCAUGACCUUUGUGUUGCUGUUUUAUUUUUAGAGACAUUUAUACUCUCUGCAAACUACUUCUAAUGGUUUACCUCAAAUCAGAAAUGUGCUUUUAUCUGUUUAAGGCAGAAAAUAAAAGUCUUGCAUAAUG